AUGGGAAGACCUUCUUCUUUUGUUUUCCUCUUCUUACUCCAUUCCUUCAUGGCCUCCUUAGCUUGGAGUGAUACAAAUAUCACUACCGACAAAUCUGCACUUCUUGUCUUUAAAUCCGUUAUCACUUCAGAUCCACACAAUUUCUUAGCUAAUUGGUCUGUCUCUUCUUCUCCAUGCAGUUGGAUUGGUAUCACAUGCAAUACUCGUCACGGAAGAGUCCAUUCCUUGAAUCUUGGUGGCAUGGAUCUUAAGGGUACCAUAUCUCCACAACUAGGAAAUCUCUCAUUCCUUGUUGAACUUGACCUCAGUGACAACGAUUUUCAUGAUCAAAUACCAAACGAGCUAGUUAAAUUGCGUAGAUUGGAACUACUCAAUUUGAGCUGCAAUGAUUUUCAUGGGCAAGUUCCAAUAGGGAUAGGAGGUUUAUCUUCACUUGAGAAACUAAAUCUUCGAAAUAAUAGUCUUAAUGGAAUUAUUCCACCAUCUCUAUUCAAUCUGACAAUGUUAGAGACAUUGGAUUGGAAUUUUAAUUACAUUGAAGGGACCAUUCUGCUUGAGGUGGGAAGACUUGAGAAAUUGACCAUUUUACGUCUUGCGGGUAACAAGCUUUCAGGAAAUAUUCCCCGAACAAUUUCCAACUUAUCUUCACUUGAGUUAUUGAGUUUGUCUUAUAACAGUUUGUCAGGGAGCAUCCCAAGUGAGAUUGGGGACCUUUCACAAUUGAAGAAAUUGUAUCUUGAAAACAAUCAACUUGCUGGUUCAAUACCAUCUUCAUUAUUCAACAAUUCAAUGCUGCAAGGGAUUGAUCUUGGAGCCAAUAACUUAGUUGGCGAAAUACCCUCCACUUGGCAUCAAUGCACAGAAUUAUUAGUAUUACAAUUGGGGGAUAACAAAUUCAAUAGAGAAAACAUACCAAUUGACAUUGGAAAUCUGACCAAACUUCAGUGGCUAAAUCUUAACAACAGCAACGUGCAAGGAAUCAUUCCAAGUGAGAUUGGAAAUUUGACAAACCUCGAAAUUCUUGUUCUUCGCUACAACAAUUUGCAAGGUUUUAUACCCAAAGGGAUGGGCAAACUUAAUAAACUUAAUGUCUUAGACUUGGACUCUAAUCAUUUGCAAGGACCUAUUCCUUCAAAUAUAUUCAACAUUUCGACAUUGAGAAUCUUACAUCUUGAUGGUAAUUCCCUCUCUGGCCUUCUCCCGUCAUAUUUAGGAAUUGACCUUCCCAACCUAGAGACCUUAUGGCUGGAGGCAAAUGAGCUAAUUGGACAAAUUCCAAACAGCAUAUCAAAUGCUUCUAAGCUCAUUACGUUAGAUUUGUCAUCGAAUAAGUUUAGCGGAGCUAUACCCUAUCUAGUUGGAAAUUUAAAAAAUUUGAUCAAUUUAGCUUUGGAUGGGAAUGAAUUGACUGGUUUGAUUCCAAAUACAGUUAGUAAAUUACAUAGUCUUCAACAUUUAAGUCUCAACAACAAUAGACUGCAAGGGUCCAUUAUAAAUGACCUUUGUCAACUAGAAAGGCUAAGUGAGUUGAAUCUUGCAAACAAUAUGUUUACAGGGGCAGUUCCAGAAUGUUUUGGGAAUACUUCUUUGCAAAAGUUGAAUGUUAGCUCUAACAAAUUGAUUUCUCAUAUACCCUCUUCUCUUUGGAGUCUCAAAGAUAUUUUGGUUUUAGACAUAUCUUCCAAUGCAUUGAGUGGAAUAAUUUCACCAGAGAUAUCAAACUUGAGGGCAAUUAUACUAUUGAAUUUGUCAAGAAACCAAAUUUCAGGAAGCAUCCCCGCAACUAUGGGUGAGUUGACAACUUUGCAAGACCUAGCUUUGGCUCACAACAAAUUACAAGGGCCUAUACCUAGAUGGCUCAGUGGCAUGAUAAGUAUUGAGUUAAUAGAUCUUUCUCAUAAUUACUUGUUUGGUGUGAUUCCAAAGUCCUUAGAGUCACUACACUAUCUUAAAUCUAUUGAUCUUUCAUACAAUCUAUUGGAUGGAGAAAUUCCAAAUGGCGGUCCUUUUCAAAAUUUUACUGCUCAAUCUUUUAUGAUGAAUAAAGAUCUUUGUGGAAAACUCCAACUACAAGUCCGACCGUGUAGGAGAGGAAAGAAGCACAUAUCAAAUAAAGUAAUGCUGGUGAUAAAAUGCUCAAUGCCUAUCCUGGUUGUCAUUUUUGUUUUUCUCGGUAUUGUCUUUCUAAAGCAUAACAGAGAUGAUGCUAACUAUGCAAUCAAUAGGGAUUUAACAAAUUUGGAUGCACCAACUAGGAUAUCCUAUUAUGACCUUCUACAAGGAACAAAUGGAUUUGAUGAAAGUAAUCUUCUUGGCUCUGGGAGUUUUGGAUCAGUAUAUAAAGCAAUUCUUCCAAAUAAAAAGAUAGUUGCUGUUAAAGUAUUUAACGUAAACAUGGAAGAAGCAUUGAGAAGCUUUGAUAUUGAAUGUGCUGCCAUGUGCAAUUUACGCCACCGCAAUCUCAUUAGAAUUAUUAGUAGCUGCUCAAAUGAUGAUUUCAAGUCUCUAAUCAUGGAAUUCAUGUCAAAUGGAAGUCUUGAGAGAUGGUUGUACUCUCAUAACUACUGUUUAGAUAUCCUGCAAAGGUUGAAUAUAAUGGUUGAUGUGGCAGCUGCGUUAGAGUAUCUUCAUCAUGGUACUUCAACUCCGAUUGUUCAUUGUGACAUAAAACCAGGUAAUGUUUUGUUGGAUGAAGAUAUGGUGGCUCAUAUAAGUGAUUUUGGUAUAGCUAAACUAUUAGGUGAAGGACAGUUGGAAACUCGUACAAAAACAUUGGCUACAGUUGGCUAUAUGGCACCAGAGUAUGGAUUAAAAGGAGUGGUUUCUUUUAAAGGAGAUGUGUAUAGCUAUGGUAUUGUUCUAAUGGAGAUGUUUACGAGAAAGAAGCCAACUGAUGAAGUGUUUGUUGAAGGUUUUGGUUUAAAAGAUUGGGUUAGCAAAUCAGUACCACAUUCAAUCAUCAAUAUUCUAGAUGUCAAUUUGCUGCAUCAAGGAAAUCCAAAUAUCAGCAAUAUAUUACCACAUAUAUCAUCAAUUUUUGACUUGGCAUUAAGUUGUUGCACUGAAUUACCUGAAGCAAGACUUAUGAUGACUGAUGUUGUGGUCUCCUUAAAAAAGAUAAGGUCAUAUUUACGUCAAAUGUUAGAGAUAUGCCACUAG